AUGUUCAGUUUCUUUAAAAGUUCCAAAAAAUCUCCGGUGGUAUCGCCGACACAUGAAUCAAAAGAAGAUGAAAAUAAACAGAAAGCAGCAGAUGAUUUUGUGUUGAUUGGAGGUGGACAGAAUCGCAAUUCAAUGCCACUUUACCCUCCAAUAUCUUCAGGUGGUCCAGUGGCACCUGUGCCUUCUGCUGCACCACAUCAUGCGCCAUUUGAAAGACAGUACUCAAUGCAAAUUGCCAACUACACACAAAACGUUCCUUUUAAGCUUAAUCCCGCAUUAUGUUCCAACGACGACACAGAUUUUCUCGAAUUUCAACUUAAGGAAAUAUCGCAGACGAUCAGCAAGAUGUCAUCAUCAGUGGACUACGAUUUCAAAUUAGAAAGAGCCAUCAUUGAUCAAAAUUAA